AUGAAGAGAACCAGGGGUGAGGUGAUCGGAGACUCUAGGAAGAGGGCGAGGCACGAAGGCAUAGAGAUCAAGCACAUCAAAUACAACAAGAGGAGGACCGAUGUGCCUUCCUUGCUUAGAGGCCAGUAUGACACCAUCCAAAUUCUGGGCGACAUGAAGUACUUGGAUUAUCAAGAUUCUCCGCUCAAGCCAUGGCAGUCGGACAUCAAGAGGAAGGCUUUACACCUGACACACAUGGCCGCAAGGUGUCGGGCCGACCUUCAAAACGAAGCUGGCUGGAGAGAUGCAAUCGAGUCAAAGAUCUUCGAACGAUUUGACGUCGAGGUUGCCUGCAAAAAAUGUCGAGGAAGAUUAUGGAGAUCUGAAAUCGAGGUAGAGUCCGACAGCAGUAAUAGUCUCACCACGUCGUUGAGGGAUCGCCAAAAGAAGAGGGAGGUUUGCACGUGCGAUCCAUCGCAGCGCGCCGAUGAGCAUUCGUCGAUGGACCCAGGCAUAAGCAAUCUAUUCUCAUUUCGUGUGGAUACAGCAGCUUUGGAUCGCAAUAGCAACCGCAAACACAGGCCCGACAGAAUUCAUGGUCUACGCAGGACAGAAAACAUUGAUACCCAUCUCCAGUCUCUAUACACGCACAACGAUCGACUCGCGGCUAAUACGAUAGUGGAAGACGUCGUUGAGACUUCGUUGCACCCCAACAAUGGAGGCUCUCAACUCUUAUUCCCAUUCCUGGUCGUCGAGGCUAAGAGCGAGAAAGGAGUCGCGAGCUUUGAGCAAAUGGAGUUGCAGACUUGCUUUCCUAUUCAAAAUUCUCUACAAUUACAGUUGGAGCUCCUCGAAACACAAGGCAACACCAUGGGCGUCCCAGGCGGACCUCUGGUUUGGUAUUUGGCGUAUCGUGGAGAAGACUGGCGGUUGUAUGCAGGUCAUGUCGAAGUGCAAGAUGGGAAGCCCAAAGUCUUUAUCAACUACCUCUGGGGAGGCAGUAUCAACGGGGUCAACGAAUCUCUCCAGCUAGUACUCAUCGUUGACUACAUUGUGGAUUGGGCCAGAGAUACGUACAGACCAAACAUUUUGCGACAACUGAAGUCGCUCGCUUCUUCAGCUUUCGAUGACCGAGCCACUGUCGAUCCUGACGUUGUUUCUCUGAACGGAGAAAUUGAGAAUUGGAUGGACGAACAGUGCAGUGAUGAUAGUCCAUCCGAAGAGCCACAAUCACCACCGCAACUGCUGUUAAUGGACGCACCUUCUGAUGAAUCGAUUGAUAACAUUCUCGACCCCCUUGAGCAGCAAUUUAAGAAUACGCACGGGUUAGUGAAAGAUGUCAGACGGAUCAAUUCGCGUCUAAGAGGUCUCCUGAUCACACGCGACAACCUUGACACACUUUUUCGAUGCUUCAAGACACCGAAACAAGUCUGGAGUUUUUCGAGACGAAUUCUUGUACUCCUCAGGCGCCAGGGUGUCGUUGUCAAUGGAGCCGCCCUAGGCGCUAUCGAGGAACGUUGGACUGGGCGGCCCUGCGACCCAUCUGCACGCCCAAUCGAUGCGUCCAGGAUACAUGUGCAACUGCAAGUAUCCUACUACGUGAACCCAGUCUGGGAGAUAUUUCGAGAACUCACGUAUCUGGCUGUGGAAGAUGAUGCUCUCGAGUUACUAGUUCAGCGCGCUGCGUACAAGAGACGAGGCCCGAUUACGCCUCCUGAUUGUCGGAAGGAUAGAGUCCUUGCCGCGCUUGAUAGCCUUCUCGAUAGAAGCGUUCUGGAAGAUUUCAUGUCCGCACUUUGUCGUCGCACAUAUAUGCUCGGCUUCGAUGAGCCUUCUACCGUCAUCAUCAUAGACGACUACAACGUUCCAGAGGAGAGGCAAGAAGUAAGGCCGGUAUUUCAACAGGCUAAAGAUACCAAUGCCGAAAAGCCAGGGAUAUGGAUGCAAAGUGUGGUCCGCAUGGUCUUCGAUACUGUUCAAUUUCAGACCGAGAAUCACACUAUGCCAGACCGACAGUUGCUAGAGUCCAUUCGGGAUUCAACGCAUGUUAGCCUAGAGGAAAGAAUGCUCUCACAACCCGGGGAUUGUCUUUUCAAGGAUCAGAAAGCGUUCCUGGUUCAUUCAAACGUCCCAAGCACUAGGCACCUUCCAGAUCUCGCGCGCCGCAAAUACUGUCUCUAUAUCUUAGUCGACCAGGAAGCUGACAUGACUGAGUUCUCCGUUAUUUCAAAGCUCCUCUCCACGCUUCAACGACGGGAGGUUUAUAGCACAGUACGAAGAGCAAGGGUUCCAUGCUUGGGAAGUGUGAAGCAAUGGCAUGACAACCGAGGCGACUUCUCCCAUCCUUAUAGCAGCCCGACAGAUGGCCAACCAUUGAUGUCCGAAUCCCAAUUCCAAGGCGAGGUGUGUGAUUGGAUCAAGUCGUUCGCGCGUCCAACAUCGGAUAGGGCUGAAGAUCUGGCUGAACUGUUGAAUGGCUGGUAUCUCUCUGCGGGUGCAGUUGCGGCUCUUAGAACGCGUCGUAGGUACAACGUGCAGGAAAGGACUUGGUCGACUCGGCUAGAUGCCUCACGAAUACGCACACUUUGGGAGAAGACCGAGUCGCCUCCGGGUCGCUCUGAGGCGGUGUUGACUUUGAUUCCCGGGGCGCCUAAUGUCUUCGUAAAUGCGCGGUCAGUGAGUAUCUCGCAGCAAUUGUGA